AUGCGCCUCCUCCUCUUCGCGCUGGGCACGACAACAGCCCUCCGCGCGUCCUGGUCACCCAUCACAUCAAAAAUCCAGCCGUCGCCGCGGUCCGGGGCGGCGGCGACGGCGACCACGGACGGCUCCGUCUACCUCUUCGGCGGCUACGAGGAGGACGAGGCCGGCGCGCGCACGGUCGUCGACGACCUCUGGCGCUACGACGCCGACGGCUGGACGCGCGUCGCCACGGGCGGCCCCGGCCCGCGGCUCUGCUCCGCCCUGGCGGCCGUCGGCGGCGAGCUGUUCCUCUUCGGGGGCUGGGACCCCGAGACCGAGGGCACGGGCGGCUCGAUCCUCGACGACGUCUGGGCCUACGACAUCGCCGCGGGGCGCUGGGAGAGCUGCGCGCCCGUGCCCGGCGGCCCCGCGUCGCGCCACGUCUGCUGCGCGCUCGCCGGCGGCGACGUCCUCGUCCACACGCAUCGGUCGGAGACGUCCGUGCUCCUCUUCGACGCCGCGACGCGCGAGUGGCGCGAGCAGGCGACCUCCGGCCCGGCGCCGUCGUCGCGCGGCCUCCACGUCGCCGCGGCCGUCGACGCGGGCGUCGUCGUCUUCGGCGGCGCCGACAAGUCGGGCGCCAUGUGCGCCGACGCGUUCGUCCUCGACGUGGCCACCUGGACCUGGCGCGCCCUCGGCGCGACGGGGCCCGCGGGCCGCGCGGGCGCCGCGGCGGCGCCGCUCGACGCCACGUCCGUCGUCGUCGCCGGCGGCGCCGCGCGCGGCGACGACGGCGGCCUCGACCCGCUCGGCGACGUCUGGGUGCUCGACGUCGCCGCGGACGCGUGGCGGCGCGCCGACGCCUCGGGCGACUUCAAGCCGCGCAACGCCCUCGUGCUCUGCCCCUCCGGCGGCGGCUUCCUCGUCCACGGCGGCUGGCGCCCCUUCGUGGAGACCUACGGCGACACGCUCGCCCUCGACGUGAGCUCGUCCUAA